AUGAGGGCGGGCACAUGCCAGAACACGCUCGUCCUAGAGCCAGCUUGCGUCGAAGACGUCCCUGCCAUAACAUCACUAUGGUUCGAUGCCUUCACGCAGCCUGCGAUCGGGGAACUGUUUCCAGACACACCCGCCAUGCGCGCGUGGAAUGAAAGCUGGCACCGGGGAGAUAUGGAGACGAAGCCAUACCAAAAGUAUCUCCGAGUGGUCGAUACUGCAUCGAGGGAUGAGCGAGGCCGACCGCGACUUGCCGCUUUUGGGAAAUGGGAUCUAGCGAUGCCUGAGGAACGAGGCCGUCGGUUCUCAUGGUGGUGUGAGGAUUCGCCAUAUCAGGACUGCGAGGAUCUCAUCGAUGGAUUGGAGCAGGAGCGGAAACGCGUCAUGGGCAACCAGAAACAUUACUAUUUGGACACGGUCGGCACUCAUCCAGAUUACCAACGUCGUGGAGCUGCAUCGCUGAUUGUGAAAUGGGGAUGUGAUUUGGCUGAUAGAGAUGGUGUUGGGGCUUAUGUGGACGCCAGCAAGGAAGGUGCUCCGUUGUAUCAGAAGUUUGGCUUUGUGGAUUAUGGCCCACCUGGGUCCGGGAUUGCUUCCAUGGCGCGGUUUAGAGACCUUAGGAGUAAACAUACGUUUUUUGACGAUUAA